UGAAUCAUAACGAUGCAGAUUAACAAUUUAACCAUAAACAAGAGUUACCAUUAAACUAUAUAGGAUCCCAGGAAGCUCAAGUAAAACAACGUAACCAUGGAUGAAAUCAACAUGGCCUGUACAAGCUUAGAAGAGUGUGGAGCCCAGGAGACUCAAAUUGAUCCCCUCCCAGACCUCCCCAACCAAAUCCUACAGCUGCUCUGCACCAGACUAAGUGACGACUGCAUCACGACGAUGCAGAAAGGGCUGCAGCUCAUGCAGAGGAGCUCGUACUACUUGGAAAUCCAAUGUGAUGAUUUGCUACCAACAGCAGAUGAGCAGCAGCACACUGUACAUUUGUCUGACAGCACGGUGUGGUCUCUCGUUGACCAGCAGAGGCUGCAGCGUGCAAUGACCCUGGCUAACACCCAGGUUAAACUCUACCUCACUUUUCUGGAACUGCUCUAUGAAGAAAUCAUCAGGGGCUGUCAGGAGUUGGAGGCCUUUGUCCUAAAGCACAACCAGGGUUUGGUAGACAGUGACAUUGCAGCUUCCAUACAGGAGAGGCUCCAGCAAACCCACCAGUACCUGGAUGCCUUCAAGAGCAGACUGAAUUGGAAACUUGGCCCGCUGGACCUGCAGAACCAGCUCAUCCACAUCACAGGCAGCCUCCCCAUACAACAGCUCAGUGUAGAGAAGAAGAUGCCAGUUAUAUUUAAUCGGUUUGAGACUUGCACAACAUCCAACACUGCAUAUCUGUGUUGGGAAGUUGCAGGUGAGCAGUCUCAGGAGUUGAACCAAGAGUUUGAGAUCCACGUGAUGAGUUUUCAUCCAACAAUUGAUGAAUAUUGCCAGUUUACUAAAUCUACAUGCAAGUCGUACAUCAUAGAGGUCAACAACCUAAUACCUGACAGGUAUUAUAAGUUCUCUGUCAAGAGAGUAGAUUCUGUAAACCUGGUGUAUGGACUGUGGGUUGAUACCAUCACCCUGAAGACCUUGAAUAUUUCCAAGUCAGUGGAAGCUGCCUCUAAUUAAACAUAGAGCAUGAAGAAAAAAUCACAGCCUGUGCAUACGUACAAAGAGAAAUACGUUUGAGCUGCUUUUUUGCAAAUAAAAUAACUUGUAGGAUUUACGGAAUUAAAAACUGCAGCUGUUUAUUACACGAGACAUUGGUUGGUCAAAAUAACUUACAAAUAAUAAAAUAAUAAAAAUACACACACAUACAGUUAGGUACAGUGACAGCUUAAAGGCAUACUUCUGAACCAUAACAAAAUAAAAUAGGGGCUAUUGAGAAAAGAACCUGGGUAAUCACAAAAAAAUACAAAUGUGGAUUAACACCUUGGACACCUUGGACACACUAGGUCUUAAUGAUUUUGUUCUUGGUCAUAUUCCAUCUUAUUUUUUGUGAGUUGGGAAACUUUUUAUUUCCUUAGACUAAAUCAAGACGGUCAAUCAGAAUCCUCCCUUUGAGAGAAAUUGUCCACUUGUUGUCUGGAAUCAGGCACCUGUUAGUUAGGUUAAGCAUGGAUCACAAAGGCUAAUCAAAGGACACUUGGCCAUCUCACUCAACAAACUUCGGUAGAGUUUCUCUUAAGUUACCUGCUAAAACUAGUUAGCUAGAUUGGUUGUUAAAUGAGAUAUUUUUAGGUGACCAAAAUGUUCCAUUAACUUUGAUGGGUCAAAGUGUAAGAUGGAAAUAUGGACAACAACCAAAAACAAGUUCAGGUUUAUGCCAAUGUACAUGGUUAGCAUUGCUGAGCCUAUGUCCUGAUUGACAGGUCCUAAAGCAUCCCCCGAUUGUUUAUUUUAAAAUAAAUGACACAAUAAUCUAACAAAAUGAACUGUAUUAAAUAAGGUUAGCAACUUGGAAUUGAGGUCAUAAAAUCAUUAUAAAAAUGAGGUAAACUGAGGUAAUAAAUAAUGGAAGUAGUAGGGUCAUUUUCUCAUAGACUUCUUUGGAACCGGACAAACAAACGUUGCCAUAUCUAAGCCAAAAUAAAUGCUAUCAAUUCAAAACUUAAGAUUUUUGUUUGCGAUGACCCUCUGAGGCUCGCCAACACAUUUUACAAAUAUUUGCAACUAGGGGGCAUUACAAGUACGAAUAGUUUAUAUCUCAUGAAUGGCUUUUCCGAUUUUUCUGAAAUUUGAAAGGGUACCAUCUAGGGCCAUUCCUGAGGUCACACCUACAGUGUUAUAGCGAUUCAUCAAAGUGGGCAUGGUCUACUGCACCCCCCAAAGAUUACAUUGGUGCCAUUACAAAACAUGUAUAACUUGAAUGUGAAUGGGAAGUUAGGGUUUGUACUUAAGACUAUGCAACUCAUCCAUUGCCAUACUUCCUAAUGUUGGACGAAUUGCAAUUUUUCCUGACAUUUACUUAGAUGCUGUCACAUUUUAGGUUACACAAUUGGACUCAGCGAGGUGCGUGAGGUCACCCAACGACCCCCGGAUUCCAACAUAACUGCUUGCAGCUCUCCUUUAAAUGUUUUGAUAAAUCUGUAAAAAUUGUUGAGAUACUUGGAGUAGCUCUUAUUCAAAUAUUCUUAAACCAAAUGUCCAAUGUUAAGAUUCAUCUCUGUCCACUCUCUUCUUUUUUCUAAA